CUCCUCCCCCUCACCGUCCCAAUUGUAUUCGCUGGAAGAGCAGCCGGAAAAGCCGCCGUCUGCUCAUACCAGGAUAGGCGAGAAGCUGGUUUCUCCUCGCAGCCGGCUCCCUGAGCCCCAGGAACCACCGCGGCCGCCGGCACCACCUGGACCCAGCUCCAGGCGGGCGCGGCUUCAGCACCACGGACAGCGCCCCACCCGCGGCCCUCCCUCCGGCGGCGCGCUCCAGCCGGUGUAGGCGAGGCAGCGAGCUAUGCCCGCGGCAUGGCCCGGCGCUGCGGCCCCGUGGCGCUGCUCCUUGGCUUCGGCCUCCUCCGGCUGUGCUCAGGGGUGUGGGGUACGGACACAGAGGAGCGGCUGGUGGAGCAUCUCCUGGAUCCUUCCCGCUACAACAAGCUUAUCCGCCCAGCCACCAAUGGCUCUGAGCUGGUGACAGUACAGCUCAUGGUGUCACUGGCCCAGCUCAUCAGUGUGCAUGAGCGGGAGCAGAUCAUGACCACCAAUGUCUGGCUGACCCAGGAGUGGGAAGAUUAUCGCCUCACCUGGAAGCCUGAAGAGUUUGACAAUAUGAAGAAAGUUCGGCUCCCUUCCAAACACAUCUGGCUCCCAGAUGUGGUCCUGUACAAUAAUGCUGAUGGCAUGUACGAGGUGUCCUUCUAUUCCAAUGCCGUGGUCUCCUAUGAUGGCAGCAUCUUCUGGCUGCCGCCUGCCAUCUACAAGAGCGCAUGCAAGAUUGAAGUAAAGCACUUCCCAUUUGAUCAGCAGAACUGCACCAUGAAGUUCCGUUCGUGGACCUACGACCGCACAGAGAUCGACUUGGUGCUGAAGAGUGACGUGGCCAGCCUGGACGACUUCACACCUAGUGGUGAGUGGGACAUCGUGGCGCUGCCGGGCAGGCGCAACGAGAACCCCGACGACUCUACGUACGUGGACAUCACGUAUGAUUUCAUCAUUCGCCGCAAGCCGCUCUUCUACACCAUCAAUCUCAUCAUCCCCUGUGUGCUCAUCACCUCGCUAGCCAUCCUUGUCUUCUACCUGCCAUCCGACUGUGGCGAGAAGAUGACGUUGUGCAUCUCAGUGCUGCUGGCGCUCACGGUCUUCCUGCUGCUCAUCUCCAAGAUCGUGCCUCCCACCUCCCUCGACGUGCCGCUCGUCGGCAAGUACCUCAUGUUCACCAUGGUGCUUGUCACCUUCUCCAUCGUCACCAGCGUGUGCGUGCUCAACGUGCACCACCGCUCGCCCACCACGCACACCAUGGCGCCCUGGGUGAAGGUCGUCUUCCUGGAGAAGCUGCCCGCGCUGCUCUUCAUGCAGCAGCCACGCCACCAUUGCGCCCGUCAGCGCCUGCGCCUGCGGCGACGCCAGCGUGAGCGCGAGGGCGCUGGAGCCCUCUUCUUCCGCGAAGCCCCGGGGGCCGACUCCUGCACGUGCUUCGUCAACCGCGCGUCGGUGCAGGGCUUGGCCGGGGCCUUCGGGGCUGAGCCUGCACAGGUGGCGGGCCCGGGGCGCUCAGGGGAGCCGUGUGGCUGUGGCCUCCGGGAGGCGGUGGACGGCGUGCGCUUCAUCGCAGACCACAUGCGGAGCGAGGACGACGACCAGAGCGUGAGUGAGGACUGGAAGUACGUCGCCAUGGUCAUCGACCGCCUCUUCCUCUGGAUCUUCGUCUUUGUCUGUGUCUUUGGCACCAUCGGCAUGUUCCUGCAGCCUCUCUUCCAGAACUACACCACCACCACCUUCCUCCACUCAGACCACCCAGCCCCCAGCUCCAAGUGAGGCCCUUCCUCACCUCCAUGCUCCUUCACUCCACCACCCUCUGCUGCACAGUAGUGUUGGGUGGAGGAUGGACGAGUGAGCUACCAGGAAGAGGGCACUGCCCCCACAGAUCCAUCCUUUUGCUUCAUCUGGAGCCCCUCCUCCCCCACACCUCCAUCCACACACAGCAGCUCCAACCUGGAGGCUGGACCAGCUGCUUUGUUUUGGCCGCUCUCCUCCUCUUGUACCAGCCCAGGCAAUAGUGUUGAGGAGGGGAGCAAGGCUGCUGAGAAGUGGAAGACAGAGAUGGCAGAGCCAUCCACCCUGAGGAGUGAUGGGCAAGGGGCAAGGAAGGGAACAGGAUUGUCUGCUGCCUCCAAGUCAUGGGAGAAGAGGGGUAUAGGACAAGGGGUGGAAGGGCAGGAGCUCAGACUGCACCGGGCUGGCCUGACACAAUGGUAGCUCUGAAGUGAGGGGAAGAGGAGAGAGGCCUGGGUGUGACCUGACACCUGCCGCUGCUUGAGUGGACAGCAGCUGGACUGGGUGGGCCCCACAGUGGUCAGCGGUUCCUGCCAAGUAGGGUUUAGCCUGGCCCCAUGGUCACAGACCCCUGGGGGAGGCUUCCAGCUCAGUCCCACAGCCCCUUGCUUCUAAGGGGUCCAGAGACCUGCCCCAGAUCCUCAUUCCCCACUGAAGAAUUCUGUACCCUCUGGACUUCCCUCUCAUUCCUUCCUUUCUCAGGCUCAAGGUGUGAUGGGCAAGGCUGAGUAUUAGGGCAGCUUCUGAGUUCUGAAUCUUUGGGUGACCUGCUUGGAGCCUCAGGUCCAAAUACUUGAACUCUGUGAGAAGUCCAAGUUCAUGGGCUUUUGGAACUGGAAGAACUUUGUACAGCCAUGGAUUCCAACACGAGCCAUGUUGCAGAUGAAGAAACUGACCCACACGGUGAGACAAGCACAGGUGGGUCUGACUCUUCCUCCCUGCCCCGAGAUCCAUCUGUCAAGUGCCCUGUUUUUUCCCCACUUUGAACUGACUGGUUACUCGAAGGAAGUGAACUAAGGAUGUUAGCUUUAAGCCAACCCAGCCUCUUUGUCCACAGCAGAGCUGAGGUGAACAGCUGGAACCCUGCUACAUCCGUGCUGCUCCAGUCUGUUCUGCUCAUGGCUCCAUCCUUCUGGCUGUCACUCUUCCUCUUCCCCUUCCCAACCAAACCUGAGCAGCUUUGAAGCAGAACUUGGGAAGGACAGAGCUUCGGCUUCCUGUCCCAUGUGUCCCUGGAAGCUGUACCGACUCUGCUCCCAGAGGCCAGCUGGAGGCCACCUGGCUGGGUAGCCCAGGGAACAGACCUCUUAAGGGAUCUCCUGCUUGCUUAUGGUCCCAGCCUGGGCUCAAUGCUGGGCCAGCAGAUGGUGGGUUACAGAGGGAUCAGCCUGCCAAGUGCACCUGAGGGACCUGACCUGACACAAGCCAUUUUGUCCCUAGAGCCCAGCUGGGACUCCUGCUUCUCUAGGCAGGGCAGAGGAGGGAGGAGACGCAGCACAGGCACAGAGCAUAGGACAGGGACCCCAGAGUCUGGAUUCAAGUCCUGGCCCUGCUAGUAACUCACAUGAGCCAGCUUGAGCAAGUCCCUUCAUCUUGCUAGAGCUCAGCUUCCUUGCCUAUAAAAUGUGGGUGGUAAUGCCCUCUUCCUGAGGUUGCUGUGAGGAUAAGGCAGUGCUUGUGAAAAAGUCUAGCACUGUACCUGGCACAGAGUAGAUGCUUCAUGAAUGUUCAGUCUGAGAGGCAACUGGAGCUGGUGAGAAUGGGGUUCCCUGUCAUGCCAGCCUCCCUCCCAGGCCCACUCUUCCCCCCUCUUCCCUGAGGAAACCAAGUCUCCCUUAUCAGGAAGAGCUGGGGGAGCUGGGAGGAACAUUACAGGAACACCAGAGGGAGUCUAGCGGGUGGGCAGGCUUCUCUCUGCAGCCCCCUCAGCAGUUUCAUUCCAUUCCUGGGCUGAACCCUUGCCCUGGCCCUGCCUCCCUUCUGGGUCAGCACCUCCUGACACAGGUGUGUGCUCAGGGAUCCCAGGCUCUAGUCCUGUACUGGCUGUGGAAGCAUAUCACUGGGACAGGAAGCCAGUGACUGCAGCAGACAGGCCUCAGCGCAUCUCCUCGUCUGUCAGGAUGGGCUCACGGACACCUUUUCUUAGUAGCAGGCAGUGUCUCUGCACUAUGGAAACUUCCCCUCUUCUAGAGCAGAUUGGGAGUUGCCUGUAUUAUGCCUGAACCCUCCUUGAACUCAUGGUCCCAGGGAAGGCGUCUUGGAACCAGAAACAGCAACAGGAAAGGAGCCUCCCUCUGAAGGGCAGGAUGCCGGCCUGAGGCCCUCCCUCUUGCCUCUCCCAGGGCCUGGGCUACCCUGAGGCCCCAGCAGCUGCUGCUGUGGCUGUAUUUGCUUUUAAUAUUUCCCAUACAUGACUGUUGUCCAAGUUAAGUCACCAAAUGGUGCUAGAGGGGAUGGCAGAGAGCAGCUUGUCCAGCUCCUCUCCAUGACCCAGUUAACACGAGGGAACAGGCCUGGAGGUUGUCUGCUGUUUGACCUCUUAUAAGAACCAGCUGUGCUGCAUCUACAAAAUGAAGAUGACAGAGCUAGCUGAGGUCUUCAGCAAGGAAGGGGUCAGCGUAUAUGAAAGGGUUACCUGGGCAGUGUCAUUUCCUCCAUCUCUGUAUGCAGCCCUUUGGGGACCAUCACAGUAAGGAAGAGGUGAGGGCAGAGGUGAAGGCUCCAGUGCCCAGGCAAGGUGUUACCAUGUGGUGGGAGAGUGUGAACCCUCAAGUGCACGGGGAAGCUUUGGGGAACCACAGUCUCUUCCACCCUUGGGUCGUGUGUCCUCUUCUCUCGAUGUCAGGGAAGCCCCUAUGCCUCCUUCCCGUGGUGGGGCUAUCUCUGCAGAGAAUCGGGUGCCCAGCUUAAUGCUGGGUAAGGACUGGAAGAAGCUCCAGAUCUGGAGGCGGCAGAGAUACUGGAUGGAAACCUGGAGCAAGGGUUUGGGAGGGGGAAGUGAGGAACAGGUUGAGAUUGUCUCCAUCAGAGAUGGCAAGGCCACAGGUGAUCUGAGAACUAUUUUUGUCUGAAAAGAAGGCAUGCACAGGCUCUCUGCUUUUGACAGGUGGCGUUGUGGUGGGAGGAAGGCAGCUUCCUGGCAGGGAGAUAGAAAUACUAGAACAGCUGGUACCAAGUUAUUGAAAAUUUAAAAGCAAACAAGACACAGCAGCCCCCAGGUGGUGUGUUCUGCUGAGGAAGGCUACGGCAGAGGAAGGGCAAGACCGUUUCCCCCUAAUGGUCUUGAAACCGGAAGAGGAAACAGGGAGGCCUCUUUGGGUGGUUUGGGGGCCCGGGGCUGUUUGUAUCUCAGUAUUAGCUCCCGUUACUAAGGGUCUGCUCUGCGCCAGGUCCUCAGCAUGCGUUGUCUUUUUUCCUCACGACAAUCCUAUGAGAAGGGGCUUCCACCUACGUAACAGAAACGUGGCUCAGAGAGACCAAGUGACAGCUAGUGAGUAGUGCUGGGCCUGAACCCCAAAGCCCACACUCUUGCUAUAGCCGCUGAGGCAGGCAGAAGAGCUCCUCGGGAGGAAAUUAAGGGGCAUUCAGGGCCUUCUCUGAACCACUCCCCAAGCCAGAGUAGACCCGGUUCCAGUUGUCCCCGUUUCCGGGCAGAGUCAGGCAGGUGUCAUACCAUCCCUCCCUGCCCGACCAGUGCUGGCCAGACUCCCAUUCACCGGCCUUGACUAGACAGGGAACAGCCACCUUUUAGUAUUCAUCCCAACAGGUCCAGGCAGCGGCCAAUGUGAUAGCCACGCAGUUCCUAAGGGACUGUAGGUCUAGGAAUCAUUAGGACACUCACUUGGCCACCCUCGCUGCCCCCAUCUUCCCCACACUGCCCUUGGCCUCCCCCAUCUGCACUCCUGGAGUAUUUGCACUGGUCUAGCCCACUCCAGGUCAGACUCAUUAGGAACUCAAGAUUCUCGUAAAGAAGUUGUUUCUGAAGUUGUCUUGUCACUCUGUUUGCGGGUUGGGAGAGAGCCCGCGGGGGCCAGCGUUGGCGAAUACAGGAAAAAGGGAGAAUGCUGGAGAAACUGGACUUGUGAGAGCUUAAAAGACAUCACAAGAAUCCAAAGAAAAGGUGAGUGGUGACA